AUGUCUACCCAAGAUGUUAUUGAAUCUAAUUUUGUUGAUGAUGUUGAUUAUGUUCAUUCAACACAUACACAAGAGGCACAUUAUUUAGGAAAUACAAGAGAUGGAAGUGAGAGUAGAAGUACUAAGAGAAAGAGAACAUCUCCUGCAUGGGAUCAUUUUACAUUGCAAAAAAUUGAUGGUAAACUAAAGGCAGUUUGUAACCAUUGUGGGAGGAAAUUAGGGGAAGAGAGUAGUAAUGGGACUAAACAUUUGCUUGCUCAUGUGAAAAGAUGCCCAGUAAUAAAGGAACAACUUGCCAUGAAUCCUAAUCCUAAUGCAAGUCCUUCAGUCACAACUUACAAUUUUGAUCCUGAACUAGGGAGAAAAAAGUUAGCUCAAAUGAUCAUUCUACAUGAAUACCCUUUAUCGAUGGUUGAGCAUAGUGGUUUUAUAGACUAUUCAAAUACUCUUUGCCCUAUGUUUAAAAUGUUGUCAAGGAAUACAAUUAGGUCUGAUAUUUUGAAAAUGUACAAGGUUGAGAAGGAAAAAUGUAGCCAAAUUUUGGAGAAGAAUAGAAGUAGAAUAGCUAUAACCACUGAUAUGUGGACUGCCAAUCAUCAAAAGAGGGGAUAUAUGACUGUGACAGCUCAUUUCAUAGAUGACUCUUGGAAGUUGCAUAGUAGGAUUAUAAGUUUUAAGUAUGUACCAUGCCCACAUGAUGCUGUAACACUUACUGAUACAUUGAGUUCGUGUCUGUCUGAAUGGAAUAUUGAAGACAAGAUUAGAAAGCUACUUCACAUGCGUUGUUGUGCGCAUAUUUUGAAUCUUAUUGUCAAGGAUGGCUUGUCUGUUAUUGGUGAUAGCAUUGACAAGAUUCGAGACAGUGUUGCUUAUUGGUCGGGCACACCAAAGAGGUAUGAGAAAUUUGAGGACACUGCUCGUUCUCUUGAAGUGACAUGUACUAAAAAUUUAUCACUUGAUUGUCAAACAAGGUGGAAUUCAACAUACUUGAUGCUCAACAUAGCUUUAUUGUACAAUAGAGUAUUUGAACAAUUAAAACUACGUGAUUCAAGAUAUGUUAGAUAUGCGCCAUCAUAA